AUGACUCGGCCCAACGGCACACAGGACCCCCUCAACGCCAACGAGGAGUGGGCACAAAGUAUAAUCAAAGAUAAUCCCUAUUUCUUUAGGACUCGGCCACCAUGCCGCAGAACUCCAAGGUGUGCCUUGUGCCUUGUCCUUCAGAUUGGCUGCUCUGACUCGCGAGUGCCGGCCUCCAUCGUCACAACGUCCAUGCCUGGCACUAUCUUUGUACACACGAAUACCGUCAAGCACGUAUCAACCAUUCAUCGGACUCCUCGAGCACAUUACGGUCAUUAUCCCUGCAGCCAAUUACACAUCUUCGACGACAACGCUCACUCCGUCCUGGCAUAUGUUGUCAAAGAGGUCGGCGUCGAACACGCUCAGCCUCUUAUGAUUAUCAUGGUAACGCUUCGAUCGCCCCUCUAA